AUGGAGGAAGUAGCAGCCAAGGCUGAGGAAGAAACUCUGGAAACUACAGUAGAGACAACGAAAGAAGACAAUGUAACUACUGCUGAUGUGAGCAAGAGUCCAGAGAGUGGUUCUGCAGUGCCUGUUGUGUCAAGUCGAACUGCUACUACUAAAAAGAAAGCAGUCAUUAGUUCGAAUUUAAUAAAGCCAACCGCGUCUUUCUCUUCACGGGUCUCAGGUUCUACGCCUGUGACAAUCAGGAGAAAUAGCACUGGAGGAGGAGUAGCGGAGAAGUCGAUUGGUACCACUAAGGUUUUGCCAAAACGAAUUAGUGCUGCCUCACCUACUGACCCGGUAAGACGGUCACUUCCAGAACUGAAGAGGAGCUCAGUGUCUUCUCUUUCUGCUAAGACUGUGUCUAAAACAAGCCUUCCCGAGAGUAAAAAGUCUAUCACGGUAUCACCAGGUUUGCGGAGUUCGACAAGGUUAACUGGGUCUGGUUUAAGUAAGCCAGAGUCUCCUGUUAGACCAGCCAUGAGUGUCUCCGUGUCAUCAAAACGAGCUCCAUCUUCAUCAGUUGACAGUAGUGGAAGCAGGACCAGUGGUGGAAGAGCGCAUUCUACUCUCACAAGUGGGAGGACGGUUUCUUCUCCCUCUGCUGGAUCAUCACCUUCUGUUUCAAGCGGUAUAAGAUCAAAGUCAUUUUCGACACCUCUUGACCGGAGUUCCAACUUCUCUGGACGAAAGAAAACAGCUACAACUACCCCAGAAAGUCGUGAUUCCCGACUCAUUAUUCUUCCAAAGGUGGAGGUUAAAGCUGGUGAUGAUAUGAGAUUGGAUCUCAGAGGCCACAGGAUUCGCAGUCUAACCUCCGGUGGGCUACACUUGUCGCCAAACUUAGAGUUUGUCUAUCUUAGAGACAAUCUCCUAUCUGCUCUUGAAGGUAUUGAGAUAUUGAAUCGAGUUAAGGUUCUGGAUUUGAGUUUUAAUGAUUUCAAAGGGCCUGGAUUUGAACCACUUGAGAAUUGCAAAAUGCUGCAGCAACUUUAUCUUGCUGGAAAUCAGAUAACUUCACUUGCUAGUUUGCCUCAACUUCCAAACUUAGAGUUUCUCUCUGUUGCUCAAAAUAAAUUAAAAUCACUUGCAAUGGCAAGCCAGCCCCGGCUUCAGGUACUAGCAGCAAGUAAGAACAGGAUAACAACUCUGAAGGACUUUCCAUAUCUACCAGUUCUUGAGCAUCUCCGGGUUGAGGAAAAUCCUUUACUGAAGAUUUCUCAUUUGGAAGCCGCAACCAUACUACUGGUAGGCCCUACCUUGAAGAAGUUCAAUGACAGAGAUCUCUCUCGUGAGGAAGUGGCAAUUGCAAAGCGUUAUCCUCCAAUAACAGCCCUCUGCCUCAGAGAUGGUUGGGAGUUCUGCAAGUCUGACCUUGCAGCAGAUUUGACAUUUCGCUUCUUAGUUGAGAGGUGGAAGGAUACGUUGCCUUCUGGUUGUCUUAUCAAAGAAGUAUCUGUUGACCGACCUUCUGAAGAAGCUCCCUGUCAAUGUCACUUUGGUCUUGUUGUAGAAAGUACUCUUGCUACAGAUCCGGAAUUAUCCCUGAGAUAUCAAUGGUCUGUGGCAGACAGAUCUCUUUCUCAUUUUGUUCCUAUUCUUGAUGCAACCAAGGAGGUCUAUUGGCCAAAACAUGAAGACAUUGGUAAAAUUCUAAAGAUCGAAUGUACUCCUGCUAUUGGAGAGACUGAAUAUCCACCCAUAUUUGCCAUAUCUUCACCAGUUCUGCGAGGAAAGGGAAUACCAAAAGUUGUGAGCCUUGAACUACAAGGGGAACUAGUUGAAGGAAAUAUUCUCAAGGGUCAAGCAGUGGUUGCAUGGUGUGGCGGGACGCCCGGAAAGUGUAUUACCAGUUGGUUGAGGAGAAAGUGGAAUGGGAGCCCUGUGGUGAUUGAUGGAGCUGAGGAUGAAGAAUAUAGGUUAUCUUUAGAUGAUGUGGGGUCAAGUAUGGUCUUUAUGUACACACCCGUCACAGAAGGAGGUGCAAGAGGAGAGCCUCAGUACAAGUACACAGAGUUCGUAAAAGCAGCUCCUCCAUCUGUAAGUAAUGUUGGAAUUACUGGAGAUGCUGUUGAAGGCUGCGUCCUUAAGGGGAUUGGAGAUUAUUUUGGAGGCAAGGAAGGUCCUAGCAAGUUCGAAUGGUUAAGGAAGAAUAAGGAAACUGGCAAACUCUCGUUGAUAUCGGCUGGAACACCUGAGUAUACAUUGACCCAGGAAGAUGUUGGCACACAUGUCACUUUUGUGUACAUACCGGCAAAUUUUGAGGGGCUAGAGGGAGAACCAGUGUCAACUUUAUCCAGUGUAGUCAAGCCAGCACCCCCAAAAGUAACAGAUGUUAAGAUAAUUGGAGACCUGAGGGAGAAUAGUAAGGUCACUGUAACAGGUACUGUUACUGGAGGAACCGAAGGUUCAAGCAAAGUGCAAUGGUACAAAUCAACUUCUUCUAGCCUGGAAGGAGCCAAUCUUGAUGAACUGAGCACAUCAAAAGUGGCAAAGUCAUUCCGUAUACCGUUGGGGGCAGUGGGCUAUUACGUAGUUGCAAAGUAUACUCCAAUGACACCUGAUGGUGAAUGCGGUGAAUCAGUAUAUGUAAUAUCUGAAAGAGCAGUUGAGACCCUUCCUCCCAGCUUGAAUUUCUUGUCAAUUACUGGGGACAAUAUCGAGGGUGGAAUAUUGACAGCAUCAUAUGGAUACAUAGGAGGACAUGAAGGUAAAAGCAUAUACGAGUGGCAUUAUCGUAAGGCUGAAAGUGAUCACCCUGGUACAUUGAUACCUGAAGCCUCUGGGCUUCUUCAGUAUACAAUUACUAAAGAAGCUAUUGGCAAAUUCAUUUCAUUUCAAUGUAUACCUGUGAGGGAUGAUGGGAUUGUGGGUGAGGCAAGAACUUGCAUGUGCCAGGAACGUGUUCGUCCAGGAAACCCAAGAGCGGUAUCUCUUCAAGUUGUUGGAGCUGCUGUUGAAGGAACAAUGCUAUCUGCAGAAAAAGAAUAUUGGGGUGGUCUAGAAGGAGCUUCUGUUUUCCGGUGGUUCCGGACUAAUUCAGAUGGUACUCCAUGUGAAAUAAAGGGUGCUACUACUUCGUCAUAUCUGCUGUCAGUAGAUGAUAUAGGCUUCUGCAUUUCGGUUUCUUAUGAACCCGUGAGAAAUGACUGGGCUCGUGGACCCACUGUUAUUUCUGAACUAUCUGGACCAAUUGUAGCUGGCCAUCCAAAUUGUCAGUCCUUGGAGUUUCUUGGAUCAAUGAUUGAAGGGCAACGCUUGAGCUUUGUUGCUUCAUAUACUGGAGGGAUAAAGGGAAAUUGCUAUCUUGAAUGGUUUAGGGUGAAACGUAAUGGUGUUAAGGAAACAUUGAGUAAUGAUGAGUUUUUGGAUUUAUCACUGGAGGACGUCGGGGAAAGCAUUGAACUUAUUUACACUCCUGUUCGCGAAGAUGGAAUAGAAGGGACUCCUAGGAGUAUCAGGUCUGAUGCCAUUGCUCCAGCAAAUCCUAUGGGGUUGGAGCUUUUAGUCCCUGACUGCUGCGAGAAACAAGAGGUUGUGCCUCGUAAAACUUAUUUUGGGGGUCAUGAAGGUGUUGGAGAGUACAUCUGGUAUAGAACUAAGGACAAGUUGCAUGGAUCUGCACUCACGGAAAUAUCCUAUGCUGGUGAAGAGGUUGUUGCUUGUUGUAGAACAUUAAAAUAUACUCCGUCUCUCGAAGAUGUAGGGGCUUAUCUAGUCUUAUACUGGAUUCCUACUCGUGUAGAUGGGAGAAGUGGGAAGCCAGUUGUUUCGAUAACGAACUGUCCUGUAGCCCCAGCUGAUCCAGAAGUAUUUAAUGUUCAUGUGAAAAAACUUUUUUCGGAUGCUUAUUCUGGAGAAGGGGAGUACUUUGGCGGCCAUGAAGGUGCAAGUCUCUUCAGUUGGUACAGAGAUAAUGAUGGAACCAUUGAUCUUAUUGCUGGGGCUAACUCCAAAACGUAUGAGGUGACUGAGUCAGAUUACAAUUGCCGGAUAUUGUUUGGGUACACACCAGUUCGUUCAGAUUCUGUUGUGGGAGAGCUAAAAAUGUCUGAGCCAACUGAUAUUAUCCUCCCAGAGGUUCCAAAAGUAGACAUGCUUGCUUUCACCGGAAAGGCUGUACAGGGUGAUAUUCUCACAGCCGUCCAGGUGAUCCCAAAGACUGAAAUCCAACAACUUGUCUGGAGCAAGUACAAAGAAGCUAUUCAAUACCAAUGGUUCCACUCACUGGAAUCGGGGGAUAUGAUAUCGUAUGAGGCUCUCUCUACAGAAAAUUCAUGUUCAUAUAAGGUGCGGUUUGAGGACAUUGGUAAAUAUCUCAAAUGUGAAUGUGUUGUACAUGAUGUGUGGGGAAGGUCUAGUGAACCAGCUUAUGCCGAGACUGGUCCAAUAUUACCAGGUUUUCCUAGGAUAGAGAAGCUGGAGAUUGAAGGACGAGGCUUUCACACCAAUUUAUAUGCUGUUCGAGGCAAUUAUUUUGGUGGUAAAGAGGGGAAGAGUAAAAUCCAAUGGCUUAGAUCAAUGGUCGGAAGCCCUGAUCUCAUUUCAAUUCCAGGUGAGACAGGAAGGAUGUAUGAAGCUAAUGUAGAUGAUGUCGGAUACAGACUGGUCGUUGUAUAUACACCCAUACGUGAUGAUGGUGUUGAAGGCCACCCAGUUUCUGCAUCAACAGAACCUGUUGCUGUUGAACCUGAUCUUUAUAAGGAAGUGAAGCAGAAACUAGAAACUGGUUUAGUGAAGUUUGAGGUGCUGUGUGACAAGGACCCUUAUCCAAAAAAGGUUGUGGGAGAGGGAAAUCUCGAGAGACGAAUGCUAGAAAUGAACAGGAAGAGGUUAAAGGUUGUGAAACCAGGUUCAAAGACGUCUUUCCCAACUACUGAAGUUCGUGGAAGCUAUGCUCCUCCUUUCCAUGUAGAGACAUUUCGUAAUGACCAGAGAAGGCUAAGGGUUGUUGUGGAUAGUGAGAAUGAAGUAGACAUGGUGGUGCAUUCACGCCAUCUCCGCGAUGUUAUAGUGCUUGUCAUCCGCGGCUUUGCUCAGCGGUUCAACAGCACGUCACUCAAUUCGCUACUUAAGAUCGAUACAUAA